AAUUAUUUUAUUGGUUUUCAAAACAUCCAAAGGAUCGCUAAUAGGCCCAAUUGGGCGUCCGAGCGCCUGUCACAUUUGAUGAUAACUGUUUUUCUUAGGAAUCGGUGGAGACAUGUCUAAUUUAAUAUGUAAUAAUCCAGAUCAACAGUCGCUAAAACCGCAAGAAAAAAAAUGUUUACAUCAUUUUAACAAAUGACCGUAACCAUAAGGAAGAAAUCUAGAAACGGAAAUGACAAUCGAGCUUAUGUGGUCAUUUAUUAAAUGUGCCGUAUUAAAAACUUAAUAUAUAAAUAGCAAAGAUUUUCUGCAGCCGUCUGUGAAGUGCAAUAUUUUUACGACGCAUGUUAAAUCCAAAAAUAAAAAUCAAACAACGGAAUCCUGGGACGAUGCGACAAACAAAAACGAGACGUCAGAGAGCGAGCCCGCCAAAGGCACCAAAUGUUGGUCAGUGUCGCGCCGGCGCCUGUAUCGACCGCAUGAAUCAGCGCUAUUGCCGAACACAUAAGAACCUUUCGUGUUAUUUGGACAUGUCCCGUUUCGCCACUAGCUUCCCUUCCUGUGAACUGUGAAUCAUGGAUCUGAGUGCGGACUACGGAGGUGCCAAUUUCAGUCCAGUGUAAAGCGCUGCCGGCCACAUGCGCGGCACUCGCGACAUUGUAAAUACAUAACACAUAAAUGUAAUUAAAACUAAAACGUUCGUAGUUGUAGUGUAGUCGUAGUAUUUAAGUCGGUUUUAUAAAUUAAAAUGAAUUUGUUAACUUCGGUGUUGACUUUUACAAUGUAUUGGAAGUUAUCAUGGAGCCUGCAGUGCUACACGUGCGACCCCGAGCACACGACGCACGCGUGCGGGCUCUUCGACUACAGCAACAAGUACCUCACCGAGUGCGAACACUCCACCAUGUGCUUCAAGAGGGUCACCACUCUCGACUUUAAUGAUGGAUUGGCAUCGCACAGCGUACAACGUGGUUGCGCGCAGCAGACUAUGAACGGGGAACAAAAGAAGAUCAACGGAAAAUGGCGGGCGACCCAUGACAUUCACGAGGUUUACGACGAGACAUGUUUCGAAGACCCGAGCAAUGCCGAGCGGCCCACGAAAACCCUGCACUGCUACUGCAGGGGCGACCGGUGUAACGGAGUACAGAAAACAAAUAUCUUAGAAUUAUACGCGCUUUUAGCUAUAGCACUAUGGAUGAUCACCUAAUAAGAAUUUGUUGUAGAUUUUUUUAAUUUAUUUGCAAAAAAAACUUAGACUCGCCAUACAAUUUUUUUGUUUGUCGAAGAGAAGUCUGGACUGUUGAUUUUUGUCUUAUUUUGUACAUAAAUUGUAAGUAUAGUGAUAAAUACUGUUUGAUAUUGUCCUAAUGAUAAACCAAAAUAGAUUUCAAUCUUCAAUAGUGGAAAAAAAUAGCCUAAUUUGCAAGCAACUAUAAUUGUUUACUCCAUUCGGUUACUAUUCCAUGCCAGGCCAAGUACAUACAUGCUUUUGGUACUUUUAAUUAGUGUAUUUCUUGAUAAUUAAGUAACCUUUGCCUUCCAAUUCGACACUAUCUAUGUUCAUCACAACCUUAACCUUCAGUUGUCGUUUUGGUUAUCAUAAUUCUCAAUUUAAGUCGGUAAAACGAUGCUUUCAAACGAUCAAAAAUACAUUUAGGUAAGGAAUCAAUCGCUAGGAGUCAGUUUUUAUUAAACUAUGAAGGAUUCAUACACAAAAAAACGAGAAAGAAAAAUGUUUUUCCUGCACUAAAUAUAACGUUUAGUUCACCGCUAUGAAAUAACGGUGAUAUAGUUAUAAUUAAUUAGUUCUCAGUAAGACUCCUUGUACCUCGAUACGGGUGUUAAUACUGCCAAUAUUGUUAAGUUAGUGCUUUUAGAUACUAAAUAAUCCAAAGAGCUUCGACACUGGUGCUUUAUAUAUUUAUAACUAGUCAGUUUAUAGGUGUCUGUGAUUGUUCUCACAAACGUUACGCGUUUACAUAACGACUCUUGCAAAUGAUUUUCAAAAGGCUGUCCUUUGCCAAUCGAACAAAAGACUCUCGACCGAUCACAGCAGCUGCAGUUUGACUGGUGAUUACUUUUUGAACAGUCUUUAAAAUACUUGCAGUACCUCUGAAAUAUAUUCAUCUUACGAAACGUUUUUAAAAGCGAUAUAGCUGGCGAAAAAUAUGUGUAUAUUUUCGUACUGCAAUUUCUUUUUUGACUGCGUCAGGAAUCCAUUGGAUUUUUUAAUUUCUUUGUGAUUUAAUACCUUCUAGGAACUAGAGAACAACACAUAGUUUACACGUAUGUACAAAAUGUGUUUUACAGUUUAGAGAGGUAUUUUCUGAAACUCUUUUGUCUUUUUUCUAGCCUCACUACGGAAUUUAAUCCUUCUAUUGCGCUGGGUUUCACAAAUUCAAGUCAUAUGCUCAAAGACACCCAAACUCAACAAGAGUUUGUGGAUCACAAAAAUGCGCAAGAGUGUCGUAGAGUAAACGUUUCUAGUUUUAGUUUUUAAUUUCGUAUUAUUGUAUUAUAAUUAUUAUUCAUGUAUACGUACUUAGUAUGUGCUUAAUUAAGGUAUGGCUGAUGCGAUUUUGUAUAUAAGGUAGAAAGCAAAACCGGGAUAACGCUUGAUAUUACCAACUUUAAGUUCAAAGCCAUUAAGUCGAUAUUCCCGUUUUGUACUUCUGUUCUAGGAUUAACUGAACAUUGUAUAGUUUUUAAGGAUUAUAGCUUCAUAGCUUGUAUAGUUUUCUUACGUGAUACUUAUUUCUAUGUAAUAUUUCAAUAAAUCAUUCCUACUUUUC